CGGCUCGGCCUGGCGUGAGCGUGGCCGUGUGUUCCCAGCGCGGCGCAGCCCGAGCGGGGGUGGCAGCCCUGCCGAGCCCAGGGCGCUCAUUGUUGUCUUGCUUUCACUUAUGCCUUGAUACUUUUUUUCAAGAACGCUGCUCCUGAAUGAACAGCUAGAUACUUUCUUCCCCCCCUAAAGUUAUGUGUGCAUGCGACCUCAACGCAAGAAGUUCUGGUUUGCAUACUUUAGAUUUUUCUAACAGCAUUAACGUGCAGUGAUAAAGGUAUUGCUGAAAUCCUAAUGAACCGACCCCAUGCGAGAAAUUCCCUGGGAAAAGUAUUUGUAAAUGAACUGUUCAGUGUCCUGGAGCAGCUCCGCUUCGAUGAGCAGGUGCGUGUGGUGGUGUUCAAGAGCCAGGUGAAAGGAGUGUUUUGUGCAGGAGCAGAUUUAAAGGAACGUGCAAAGAUGGAUGAUGCAGAAGUUGGAGAGUUUGUUAGAAGACUGAGAAAUCUUAUGGAUGAAAUAGCUGCCCUGCCUGUGCCCACGAUCGCUGCAAUCGAUGGCUACGCCUUGGGCGGUGGAUUAGAGCUGGCCCUGGCCUGUGACCUCCGAGUAGCAGCUUCAUCAGCUAAAAUGGGCCUUAUUGAGACCACACGAGGACUUCUGCCUGGAGCAGGUGGAACCCAGCGCCUGCCCAGAUGUGUUGGAAUAGGUCUUGCAAAGGAACUCAUUUUCACUGGCAGACAGGUUGAUGGAGAACAGGCAGCCUCCAUGGGGCUGGUAAAUCACUCUGUGCCACAGAACAGUGAGGGAGAUGCAGCUUACCAGAGAGCUUUAACUUUGGCUAAAGAAAUCCUGCCCCAGGCACCAUUUGCUGUGAAAAUGGGAAAACUGGCAAUAAACAAAGGAAUGGAGGUUGACAUUGCAUCAGGGAUGGCUAUUGAGGGGAUGUGUUAUGCCCAGAAUAUUCCCACCAAAGACCGUCAGGAAGGGAUGGCUGCCUUCAGGGAGAAGCGACCACCUCGGUUCACCGGCAAAUAAUGCUUUCUGCUUCCCCUUGAGUUUUUGGAGAUAGAGCAGGACUGAGGAGGGUCCACUGAUUUGUUAGGAUUAUUUUUAUCACACCAUUCUGUGCACUUAACUCCUUGCCUUGGACUGCAUUUCUAACUAUUCCACUGGAUCGUUUUUCUCUACAAAUCUCCAAAUAAAGAUUUAACUUUGUACAACA